AUGAAUUGUGUUGAUUGCAUCCUCUGUAAUAGAAAACGAGGCAAAGGAGAAGGUCUUUUGAAUCCAAUUCCAAAGGACAAUACUCCUUUGAGCACAUACCAUAUAGAUUUUAUUGGUCCCUUACAAGCAAGAGUCAAAUCAACAUCAGCAGCAGAGGCACUGCAAAAACUCAAGAUACAACAAGCUGUCUUCGGACAUCCUUCGAGAAUUAUUUCCGACAAAGGUUCUGCCUUCACUUCUAAAGACUUUGAGGACUACUGCAAGGACGAAGGGAUUCAACAUAUACGAAUAACAACAGGAGUGCCAAUAGCAAACGGCCAAAUAGAAAGGAUGCAUAGAAUACUUAUUCCAGUGCUUGCAAAACUGUCAAUAGAUGAUUCUGCCAAGUGGCUCAAGUUCGUACCAAACGUUCAAAGAAUCAUUAACAGCACUAUCAGCAGAUCCACCAAAUUCACUCUCUUUGAGUUGAUGACAGAGUUCGGAGGACCUCACAUGUCGAUGGCCGAGCAAAGUGGUAAAUUAACUCCACGAGAAGGCGCACUGCGUUCUUCCGGUGAUACCAGCAGUCGGAAGGCAGAGUUCACUAGGGAGAAACGGACGUCCGCCGAGAAGGGCAACACCUCGUCCCAGCCUAUUUUUCCUCUACAAGCUUCUUGCAUAAGUAAUUUUGGUAACAAUAAAGCUGGAGCCGUAAAGCCAAUCGGAUCGUAUACACUGUUGAUCACAGAUAGCAAUACCCUUUUUGUAACUGGCUUUUCUUGGGUGCAAUCUAUAUUUGCUGGUAGCUUGCAAGAGAGUUCGACGCUGACUACAUCCCAACUCAGGCCAAGUACCAUUUGCUUAUCUUGA